GCGCCAAGACCCAUAUUUGGAAUGUCGGUGUAAGUCAGCGGACCAAAUAAGGCGCUUCCGCGCGUGACGUUUGCUCCUUAUGUGGAAAAUGAAGGCGUGGCUGUGGCGGAGGAGAUGCGAUACAUAUACUGUUUCCUACACCGCCUGUCCUGUAGAAUAACAUCAGCUUUACAAUAAAGUAGUUUAAAUCUAAGAUUUGACGAAAUAUAGACGAAGUCUAUAUGAAAUUUAAAAUUAUUCCAUGCUCAUUGUAAAGUAAUAAGACUGAUCUCAAAGGACACAAUAAUAUUGUUUUGUGUCAUUUUUUCAAAACAAAUUUAGUUAAUUUCUAGUGGGUGAAACAAUAUAAUAAACUUUGUUAUAUACGGAACACGCUGUUGUUGAUGCUGUAAAAAACGUACAUUUCCACACACGGCUGUUGUUUGUCUGGAGAGGUCAUCAUGGGUAUUGGCGAGCCUCUUGGGAUCUCAGGUAGCGAGUUAGUUCAUAUUUUGCAGACUCCUCCUGAGCUCUUCACGUCUGCUGGAUGCAUCGUGUUGGACUGUCGGCCAUUCCUCGCCUUCUCCCGCGCGCACAUCAUCCAGUCCCGCAACGUCAACUGGAACUCAAUGCUGAGGCGCAGAUCCAAGAGCUCAGUGAUGUCUCUGGAGUGGCUGGUGGCCGAUAAGUCGCUCCUCGCGCAGCUGCGGAACGCAGAGUUCUCUCCGGUGGUUGUCCUGGAUGAAAACAGUCGGUCCGUCAGAGAUCUGAAGAGUGAGAGUCUGGCCAGUCUCCUGAUCAGUGCGCUGCAGUUAGAGGUCCAGUCUGCCUCCACUCAGAUCUGCUUCUUACAAGGUGGAUUUGAUGGAUUUUUCGCACUUUAUCCUGAACUCUGUUUUAACACUCCUGUUAUGUGCUCAAAUCACGUGGCUUUCAGUGAUCCAGAGCCCGUCAUGUCAGGGAGAAAGACUCCUCUCUAUGAUCAGGGUGGUCCAGUGGAGAUCCUCCCCUUCCUCUUUCUCGGCAGUGCACAUCACUCGUCCCGACGGGAGACUCUGGCGCGAUGUGGGAUCACGGCUGUUCUCAACGUUUCCUCCUCCUGUCCAAACAUGUUCGAGGAGGAACUUCAGUACAAGACUCUAAAGGUGGAAGACAGUCUGGCUGCAGACAUACGUGUGCUAUUUCCAGAGGCAAUCCGCUUUAUCGAUUCAGUUAAGGAGAGUGGUGGGCGGGUGUUGGUCCACUGUCAAGCAGGAAUCUCCCGGUCAGCCACCAUCUGCCUUGCAUAUCUGAUACACACUCGGCAUGUCCGCCUAGAGGAGGCCUUUGACUUUGUAAAACGGCGUAGACAAGUCAUCUCACCCAACCUGGCUUUCAUGGGGCAACUGUUGCAGUUUGAGACAGACGUUUUGUGUCCCUAUUCUGCACUAGACAGAGAGAACAGUGGCACUGCCUUUUAGUAUCUGUGUACAGAUGGCAGAAAUAUUGAACUGUACCUCAUUAACCUGUGAAAAGGCAUUACAGACCUGAGACUAUGGCUGUGCUGUACAGCUUUGUUAUUAGAGGAUCUGACAGAUCUGUGAAGGCACUUUGGUUAGACCACAUAGUUCCAGUCCUAUGGGUAAAUGUAUUUAAACAUGAGACUCUUGUUGUAGAUGGCAUCAGCUGAAUACCUGUACUUGAACGUUUACAGCAAUACACAACCAAUAUAUAGCUCAAUGCCUCUGUGUUUCCAAACAACAAUGGUAUAACUGACACAUUCAACAAGAACACUGCUACACCCAAUAGCCCUCAUGGAAAAUAUAGUUGUUACUUGUCAUUGUGACAUUAUGUAAACCUUGACUCAAUUUAAUUUGAACUCAUGACACCAACUCAACAUUAUCAUAUGAGACAGAGCUUCUCUGUUGGCAGUUCAAAAAUGAGGGAUAAGAUACAUAAGCACUUAGUACUUUAUGGUGUAGCUUUCAACAAUAUGUUGAUGUGUUUUGGAAGGAUGUCUGCAGAUCACCAUACCCUGCAAAUAUAUUGCAUCAGUCAAUGUUCCAUUUGACUAAAACGAGUGACGCUUUGACCAUAUUUGGGUGUGAUGUGUGGUUAGUAUUCUAUGCUGUAAAUGUCAAGUUUUUCCAUUAAGUUAUUGUUGGAUACUUAGUCUCAAAGAGAGUUUUAAAGGGCAAAGACUUGACAAACUGUGAUCUUUGGUCAUUUUAAAAGUUACAAUUUUGUUGCGAUAUAUAUUAGGCACUAAAGCAAUAUUCUAAUAAAUGUAUUUUAUUUUUAUAAAGUAUUAUUUAGUUUUAUGUUUUUUUGUGAAUAUUUAUUUAUCUGUUUUCAUUCAAAGCAAUGCACUUUACAUGUAGAUGUGUAAGAUAUUGAUGAGACCUUUUGUAAGCUACUUUGUUCACUUAUUUCAAAAUGUAAAUAAAGCAAAUAAUUUAAU